UUCUGAAGGAUCAGGAACCAAAGUGUUUACAGUGGGGGUGGAGUAUAAAGAAAGGGGAGGAGUUACUGCAGCCACACACAAAAUCACACACACGAGCAGCAUUCAUCUCAACUGCGUCUGGAACUCUCCCGGUCAUGACUUCUGAAACAAUCGAGCAGGCAGUGAAGACGGAGGAAGCUGGAGCGGCUGACGGCGGUCCGGCUGCAGGGAAAGAAGGCUGGAAGUGCCCUCUGAGUGAUCCCCAUAUUCAUAGAGGAGACGUGAGAAAGGUUUGGAAGGAGUGCCAAGAAGAAAGUUUCUGGUACAGAGCUCUUCCCCUUUCUCUGGGCAGCAUGGCGGUCACUGGAGGCCUCAUUUACAAUGGUGUUUGGAAAUCAUCAAAAAGAUUUGGUCCGUUUCCAAAACUAGCAGUGGCGGGGCUCCUGGGGUUUGCUGUGGGAAAAGCUUCCUACUUUAGAACUUGUCAAAACAAGUUUCAGGAGCUUGGGAUAAAGGAUCCGCGAGAGUUUGGACCCAGGUCUGAUAGAGGACGCCGCCAUCCGGGUCACAGACCCUGCAACCACGUGUGUGAAGAGUGUAAGAGAAAAGCUGAGGAUGUUCCUGCAGAAAAGGUUUGAGGUCAAAAGCCUCAUCAGAAACCCAGAAGAUGGUGCUGACUUCCUGCCUUGUUCUACCAGAUUUUAAACAUUUUUAUGAAUUAAAAGACAAAUUGUCCAAAGUUCUUUGUUGUCAUU